GGCCAGCCGACGGCGACCACUGAUCGUGGUCACGUGCAGCUGUACCAACGGUAGCGGCUUCACUGAUUUCAUGACGUAGCACAAGAAGCCUCCCUUGUCUGGGACUUGGUUUGGAAAUAAAUUGCUGCAGGUAAACCGAAAGAUUCUCCACAGGAUGCUUCGCCUGCGCUGCAAAGCAAAGAACGGGACCCAUUUGAUGCAUGGACUAACUGAUCUGUCUCGUGUCCAGGAGCUAAAGGACAAAGUAGCUGAGCUGACUGGGAUACCUUGUGAAGUACAAAAGAUAUUGUUUGGCUUUCCACCUGAGAUACUGGAUCUGAGCAAUGAUGACACACAUCUGAAAGACCUGAGAAUAAAAUCCGGAGAUACACUGAUAGUAGAGGAGGACAAAAAUAAGCCAAAGUCUGCCAUUUCAAAACGACGAAUCACUGACCCAGAUGAAGAAAGUAUUCCAGUUUUAACAAGACGUGUUGUACCUGCAGACAACUCCUGUCUCUUUACCAGUAUUUACUAUGUGGUAGAAGGUGGGGUGUAUGACCCAUCUCGGGUGGCUGAGAUGCGUAGCCUUAUAGCUCAGAUUGUAGCAAGUGAUCCAGAUUCCUACUCUGAGGCUAUGCUUGGGAGAAGCAAUAGCAAUUACUGUGACUGGAUCAGGAGGGAUGACACGUGGGGAGGAGCCAUUGAAAUAGCCAUUCUUUCAAAAUUCUACAGUUGUGAAAUAUGUGUGGUGGAUACCCAGACUGUCCGAAUUGAUCGUUUUGGUGAAGAUGUUGGUUACACAAAGCGUGUUAUGCUAAUUUAUGAUGGUAUCCAUUAUGACCCACUUCAGCAGAAAUUUUUAAAUUCUGAUGCCCCUCCCCAAACUAUUUUUUCAACUUCUGAUGAUAUUGUUCUCGCUAAGGCUUUGGAGUUGGCAGAUGAAGCAAAGAGAAAGCGUCAGUUUACAGAUGUGAACCGCUUUUCUCUGCGCUGUAUGGUAUGUCAGAAAGGGUUAGUUGGACAGAGUGAGGCAAGAGAACAUGCCAGAGAGACCGGACACACCAAUUUUGGGGAGGUGUAACACCUCUGUGGGGAUGCUGUGCAUACUACCUCAUACUUUGAAAACACAUGGAAACAGAAAUAAGCUAUAUUUAGAAACUAAUGAUAAUUAGAGCCAGAUCGCAGGCCCAUUAUCCUGAUAUUACUUUAAAUGUUUAACUGGACAUCAACGCCUCCAUAUAUAGCUAAACUUGAAGCUGUUGAAUCGUAGUGAAUGUCAAAAAGGCCGCUGGUUCCAGUUUGUGUUUCUUCUCAGGGUAUAUUGCACAUACACUACCAGUUUCUAAAUUAUUUUGACUUUUUAGGCCAAUUUUAGUAGUAUAAUAUGGAUACGUGUUAGUGGUUAUGAACAUCAGGAUAAGUAGUAGGUGUAUUUAAAAUGCAACACUUGAUAACCAUCUGCUCGCUCUUCAGAUUUGAACAUUUCCUUGUCAAGUCUAGAUAAUAGUAUAGAGGGGUAGUGUCAGAAAGGUACUGAGUCAUUCUGCCACGAGAUGGUAUGUUGGUAUAGUUAAACAUGAUAUUUCAGUGUUACUGCGUUCCCAGCAAAUCUUGGUUAACUGUUCUUGAACACAGUCAUAUAUAGUUUUAAAUGCAGUCCUGCUUUUUAAUACACAUGGUGGGUUCAUCUGUUUGUGCUCUCUAUCACAUUUUCCCAAUAAAAUACUGCUGUUUUAUUUUUCCUCAAGAAUACUGUAUCCCUCUUAUAAAUCUCAUACACACCGUCACAUUGCAUAGCAUCUCCCUCAAACGAAAAAAAAAGAUGCUGGCUUUGGUCGCUGUAACCGUCUUAAUUAUUUGUGUCCUCCACACAUCUCCUUUAUAGAGCAUCAUUUUCUUCCGUCUCAUAAUUUUAAGUUCUUCAUUCUUCUUUGCGGUAUGGAACCAUCAACCGUGUUGAAAGUCAUAAAAAAAUUUCUGCUUGAUCUGUUGCUUAGCUUUAUAAGAAAAUGAGACAUUUAUUGACAAACUCAAAAAUGUGCAACUUUUUAAUUUUAUGAGCCAUGUUCCUCUGGAAGUUUAUUCUGACUGUGGCUUGAGUAAGUUACCUUGAACGUAUAAUGUCUCAUUCUUACAGCGUCUGGUAUAUACUGUGUUACAGAAGUAACUCUCUGCCUCAAGCAUCUUGCUUACUUUCCUGCUUAUACAGUGAGAAUAUAAGUCUUGCUUUCUGUAUGCAUUGGUCUUUAUUUGUAGGUAAACUCUGUUAAAAGUAUAUGCUUCACAAAUGUUAUGGUUAAAUCUGCUUUCUUCCCCUGAAAUUUUGUUCUGUGCUUUGUACAGUGGUGUUUACUUGAUUUCCACGAAGCUGAGACUCUGGUCAGUAAUAGUCUGGCCACAUAUGCCAUUGUAGAAAACUUUUCUUUGCUGAAGUCGUAGUAAAUGUCACCCGUUUCUAGCCAGGAGUCUACAGUCUGUCAAUACUAAAGCAUACUCUUAAGUGCAACCCCAAGUUUUGCAUCAUCUUUCAUCGGUCUUGUCUUCUUCCUAGUCUUGUGACAUAAUCAGUAAGACAAUUUCUUGUUGAAAAUUUACCUUUGUUGAUUACACAACCACAAGUUCUGUCAACUGGCCCAUUCAUUUUUCAUACAAUGGGAUGAGAACUGACUGAGAGGGACAUCAUUUAGACAAUCAUCAGAGGUAGUUAUGUUUUUGUAUUUUUCACUGAUCGAACACCCACUGCACGUGCCGCGUAACAUGCCCAGGGUUUUGUGGGCAAUGAUUGUUAAUGAGGGCUUGUCACCUGCUUCCACAAGUGACAAAACUCAUCAAGACUGCCCUGCCUCCCUUUUAGCCCGUCUUCCCAUGGGGUCUUCAAUCCCCACCAAGGGUCCACUUCAGCCACAUGUACCCCUGACAUGUCAUCCUUUGCCCAAGAAAGGAAGCUGGUAAAGUAGGGUUACUGCUCUCUUCCCCAUGUCAUUUCCAGCGGGUGCUCAAGUUGUUUAACCAAGUUUGGAAAACAAGACCUUCCUCUAACAAGACAAAAUUGUGUUGCUUUUAAUCUACUAAAUUCACAUUUUUUAAAAAAGAUUAUUUCUUAAUGGAAUCUUUAUUGGUUUACAGGUUAUACUUGGUGUGAGGUUUGCUGUGUCUGAUUUUAGGUUAGUCUUUGGUUAAAAUGCCUUUUGCCUAGAUCCAGAUACUACAAAACCUCCCACACAAGACUCAUUAAUAAGUAAUAUUAGUGGGUUCUGCUGAGUUUUCUUUAGCAUUGUGUUAAUUACCAGCAGACUGAUGCAUGCUACAGUUGAGCUUGUACAUUUGGUUUGGUGCGAGGUUUGCUGUGUCUGAUUUUAGGUUAGUCUUUGGUUAAAAUGCCUUUUGCCUAGAUCCAGAUGCUACAAAACCUCCCACACAAGACUCAUUAAUAAGUAAUAUUAGUGGGUUCUGCUGAGUUUUCUUUAGCAUUGUGUUAAUUACCAACAGACUGAUGCAUGCUACAGUUGAGCUUGUACAUUUGGUUUGGUGCGAGGUUUGCUCUGUCUUGAUUUUAUAUUAGUCUUUGGAUAAAAUGCCUUUUGCCUAGAUCCAGAUGCUACAAAACCUCCCACACAAGACUCAUUAAUAAGUAAUAUUAGUGGGUUCUGCUGAGUUUUCUUUAGCAAUGUGUUAAUUACCAGCAGACUGAUGCAUGCUACAGUUGAGCUUGUACAUUUGGUUUGGUGCGAGGUUUGCUCUGUCUUUAUUUUAGAUUAGUCUUUUGUUAAAAUGGCUUUUUACUAGAUCCAGAUGCUACAAAACCUCCCACACAAGACUCAUUAAUAAGUAAUAUUAGUGGGUUCUGCUGAGUUUUCUUUAGCAUUGUGUUAAUUACCAACAGACUGAUGCAUGCUACAGUUGAGCUUGUACAUUUGGUUUGGUGCGAGGUUUGCUGUGUCUGAUUUUAGGUUAGUCUUUGGUUAAAAUGCCUUUUGCCUAGAUCCAGAUGCUACAAAACCUCCCACACAAGACUCAUUAAUAAGUAAUAUUAGUGGGUUCUGCUGAGUUUUCUUUAGCAUUGUGUUAAUUACCAGCAGACUGAUGCAUGCUACAGUUGAGCUUGUACAUUUGGUUGGUGCGAGGUUUGCUGUGUCUGAUUUUAGGUUAGUCUUUGGUUAAAAUGCCUUUUGCCUAGAUCCAGAUGCUACAAAACCUCCCACACAAGACUCAUUAAUAAGUAAUAUUAGUGGGUUCUGCUGAGUUUUCUUUAGCAUUGUGUUAAUUACCAGCAGACUGAUGCAUCCUACAGUUGAGUUCGUGCAUUUGUUUUUAGUCUUAUCCUCCAUUUCUGCACCUCCUGUCUCUGGUUUGAAAAUAUUUUGGCUAUUUUUUGUGACCAUUUUCCUGUGGGUCAUAGAUUUAUGUGUUUGGUGAACAAGCUCAAGACAUAUUGACCAUCAAGGAACGUAUUACCCAGGUCCCUUUUUGGAACUUACAGAUGCCCGUGUAGUUAUCUAGCUCAUUCUUGAAAGUAUGGAUUGAUGAUCUGAAUUUAAUUGGGAGAGUAAGUUUAUUCCAUAGGCAUUGGAGUAUUAGGGAUAUGACAUUGGAAAAAGGAAAAUAACCUUCAAAUCUAUCAAGUUUAACUCCACUCAAAGCAAGAAGGCUAAAAUCAACCCCAUCUCCUUUAGGUAAGAAUCAGUUGUCUGUCAUGUCAGUGAUAUUUUUGAAAUAUUUCCCUUGACUGAUAAAUCAUUUAUCUCAAGACUAGUUGAGAACAAACAUAUUAAGUAGUAAACUUCUCGUUCCCCACUUUAAUUUUAUUGUAUAAUGGGCUGCAGCGUACCCAUUAAUCUGCAGUAUGUUAAUCAUUAUCAGUUAACCUGGUUUCCUAGAUGGUGCAUAAUGUAGUGCCCUUAAAACAAGUUGAGUGAUUGGGGUUCUUCCCAUUCAGUAACACCGCUAUCAUUUCUUGAUGUUUAUCAUAUGGAUCACAGCUGUGGUAGUCUUAGCUAUACGAGUUAUUUGUAUCCUGCUAAGGAUCUAAGUCAUCCAACUUACUAAGCUUCAGGAUACCUUCCUCAUGCUCAAACCACUUGUUAACUUAAGCUGACUAGAAAGUUAGGUUUGGAUAGCAAGCCCUUCAGAGCUUUCCCACUGCCAAACAGUGUUCGUCUUACAGCUUUCAAGGAUUAACAGUCAUCUAGCACUCUGCCAGUGCUGGGCAUUUUAAGUUCUGUUUGAGAGGAAAACUUCAAUUUACUUUUUUUUUGACAGAAAUUGUAAUUUUCUGUAAAACUUGAUUUUAAAGCUAGGAAAAUUUGUUUUUAAUGACUGUCACGUGACUUUUAAUUACUUUUAAAAUGGAGCAUUACUUUUUUUACUUUUAUCAUAAAAAGUUGUUAAAUCAGAAGUAGUAGUUUUAAAUUAGUUUUGAAAAUUUUAUUAUUUUAUUUUUGGAGCUGAGGUAAGUGUUUUAAGGGCCUUUUACUGUGUUUUUACUUAGAAAAGGUUACUUUUUGACUACUAACCUGUUUUACCGACCACUGCUGCCAGGAUUCUCCAGGAAUCUGGCAUCUUUUUGUUAGCUUAACUUUGGUGGAACCUGUUUGGUCCUUGGUUCCUUUGCCUUCCAACCACAAAAAAAAAAAAAGAAAGAAAGAAAAAGAAAGAAAUGAAUAAAUAGCCUUUGUCACAACAGGCUGUUGAAGUGCUUUAGCCAUAAAUAGGCGACUGCUGUGACCAUUUCUGUUUCCUCAGAUGGUUAUCUUUGUCCCUGGCUCCUUCUGGUGUAAUCCCUUCAGCCACUGUGGACCGGGAGUUCAACAUGUCUUCUGUGGGUGCAGGAGUGUCCUUGGCAGGAGAGAGAGCCACUCGUGUCGGUCUUGGGAGAAGGGGCAGAGAAUUUCACACUGUCUAGCCAGAAUGCUGUGUCUAUCCGUAGGUCCCCCCCCCAAUGGUAAAAGUGAGUCUGCUUCUUCAGAAAUUUAUAAAAGAAACUUGGAUACAUUUUAUCUCCUGUUUCAGUCACUUUGAACAGGACUAAUUUAUAAGGCUUCACUUAGGGUUUAGUUCAGGCUCUUGACCCUUCCAGUUCUGCUGAUGUUCUUCGUGUUUCACUGUUGCAGUCAUUACAUUUGGGUAAUCUGCUAGCAGGUUGCCCUCAG